AAGUGCAAUCUGACAAAGCUACUCGCAGAAUUUGAUACAUUCCGCCUUCAUCCUAUCGACUCUUAGUUCCAAGUACUACUUCCAAAUACGUCCGACAACCAGAAACCUUCAGAUUCAAGAAUGACUAUUCGUCGGCACAAACCCGGAAAAUGAAUCGUCUGUACUGCCGUAACAGCAGCCCCCUUGUUUCGAUCCAUCCAAAGUCCUCUCUGGUAGGUUUUUCGCUCUUUGACACUGGCGCAGCAUCUGAAGAUGAGCACAAUGUGGCCGAGACCUCCGGUAGGGAAGCAAGCUUUGCAGGCAUAUAUAUUAGGCGAGAUGCUGGCCAUUGAUGCUACUUACCAAACACAAGCAAUAGCAGAACAGCUACAGAAGAUACAAUAGCAAGCAUGGACCCGCUUAGCAGAGAUCUCAUUCGUGCCGAAGUUGAUGCCAAUGUCAACCGAUCAGACACACUAUCAUACAUUGCCACGCAUGGUCCCGACAUUGAGAGAGACUGGUCACAUUCAACCCCAUCUGCACCACAGACCAGAUCCCACAAUCAACUAACUCACGCGGACACGUAUGCAACGUACAAGUCCCAACAGUCUCAACGUGGACUGCACCCUGUCGAGGUGGAUCGGAUCAGCCGACAACGAACGCAGCAUCAACAAAUACUUGGCCGUCGACCGUCUGCAGGUACACGACGACGAUCAACUGCCACCGUCACCACAGUUACAACACUCGGAGCAGGUAAACCCCUUCCUCCGAUCGACGACAAAGAGGAGUUCAUCGUCGAGUUUGAUGGAGUUGAUGACCCAGAACAUCCGCAGAACUGGGCUUUUGGGACAAAAAUCAUCAUGUCCAUCAUCCUCUCAUAUAUCACCUUCUUGGCGUCCUUCGCUUCAGCCAUCUACUCACCCGCCAUCGGUCAAGUAUCGCACGAGUUUCACGUCAGUACCGAAGUCGGCGUCCUGGGACUCUCAUUGUACGUACUGGGCUUCGCCUUUGGCCCUAUCCUUUGGGGACCCUUGUCAGAGAUUCUGGGUCGCAAGAACCCUCUACUAGUCGCCAUGUUCGGGUUUUCGCUAUUUGCCGUGGCUGCCGCAACCGCGAAGGACUACCAGACCCUCAUGCUCACCCGAUUUUUCAGUGGCUUCUUCGCCGCCGGCCCACUUGCGAUAGUGCCUGCCUGCUUUGCCGAUAUGUACGACGACAGCCAGCGUGGCAUUGCGAUCACCGCGUUCGCUAUGGCGGUCUUCGUUGGCCCAUUCGCAAGUCCUUUUACGGGGGGCUUCAUCACAGAGAGCCACCUCCAUUGGCGUUGGACCAUGUACAUUGCUAGCAUCAUGGGCUGGCUCGGCACUUUCUUGAUGCUGUUCACGCACGAGACGUACCCUCCGACCAUUCUCGUCACAAAGGCUGGUCACAUCAGGCGCGAGACCAAGAACUUUGCCAUCCAUGCCAAGCAGGAGGAGAUCGAAGUUGACAUGGCCGAACUGAUCAACAACAACUUUAUGCGGCCUAUUCGACUCUUAUGCACCGAGCCCAUUGUCUUCCUUAUCACCUUGUAUAUGUCAUUCAUCUACGGCCUGAUAUAUCUGUUUCUGAGCGCCUACCCACUCAUUUUUUCGGGUGUCCACGGCAUGAGCCUCGGUGUUGGUGGAUUGCCGUUCAUUGGGCUCAUUAUAGGCCAGCUGUGCGGCGGCAUUUAUAUCAUGAUCGACCAGAUACAGUACAAGAAGAAACUACAAAGGAAUCAUGGCGUGCAAAUUCCAGAGUGGCGCCUUCCGCCGGCCAUUGUUGGCGCCGUCUGCUUCAGUAUUGGGCUCUUCUGGUUAGGAUGGACAGGCUUCUCCAAAGACAUCCACUGGAUGGCUCCUACAGCCAGCGGCGUCGUGACCGGCUUUGGCGUCUUGUGCAUAUUCCUGCAGUGCUUCAACUACCUAAUCGAUACAUACCUCAUGUUUGCCGCAUCAGCCAUCGCGGCGAAUUCACUGCUUCGAUCCUUCUUUGGUGCAGGUUUUCCUCUCUUUGCCACUCAGACGUUCAACAACUUGGGCAUUCAGUGGGCCGGCACACUGCUUGGAUGCCUUGCUGCUGUCAUGAUACCCAUUCCGGUCGUCUUCUACCUCUAUGGUCACAAGAUCAGGUCAUGGAGCAAUAUCUCCAAGACUACGGAACAGGAAGAAGAGAACAAGGCCAGUUUGGAAAAGAAGAUGGAGGUUUAGAACGAGCAUAUAACGGGAUUGGAGCUGGUAGGUUUAAAGGCACUGUGGCAUGCGAUGGGCCUUCGAGAGUCGAACUCUGUUUGCUAGGAAUAACUGCAUCCCCUCUAUCUCAGCUAU